GCCAGCCUCUAUUCCAUAUCAAGUUCCUUUCACAUUGCGGUGUCUUUUUCCCCCUACACUUUAGAAGCUUCCACAAGGUCCCAUGCCCCAGUAUUUCCCAGCAGUGACUGCUGGAGAUUGUCAUGGUAGCAUGGCGUAGUGCUUUCUCGACCUUGACUCUGCAGCGUCACUGGACUGAUCUUUUAAUCCUCACCUGCGGAUUCCCACUCCAUCUUUUCCAUGUAAACUCACUCUUGCACCAAAACAUCCCCUCUCUUUAACCUCACUCACAUCACAUCACCUCAUUCAACCUCUUCUCAUCAUACUGAAGCGCACUUUUGGUGUUUGUUUUUCACUGUUUCAACAGACGAUCAACAAUAAGCAAUCCCUGACAUUGCCACCCAUUUCUUCUUGUUAUUCUCUCUCUUUAUCGAACCCAUUUGGCUCGUCAAAAUUUAACCAUAUCGCACACCUAAAUCACCUUGAGAAACACAACUUUUAACACGCGCGAUCAUGGUCAAGGAGACAAAGCUCUACGACACCCUCAACGUCAAGCCUGAGGCAACUCAGGACGAGAUCAAGAAGGGAUACAAGAAAGCAGCCUUGAAAUGGCACCCAGACAAGAACAAGGAUAGCCCCGAUGCGGCUGAAAAGUUUAAAGAAUGCUCACAAGCAUACGAAAUUCUUUCCGAUCCCGAGAAACGAAAGAUAUAUGAUCAGUACGGCCUCGAAUUCCUACUCCGCGGCGGUACCGCACAGCCCGAAGGUGGUGCCGGUGGAAAUCCCUUCGCCGCUGGAGGCAUGCCUGGCGGUUUCGAAGGCUUCAACUUCCAAGGUGGUAUGCCCGGUGGAGGCGGCACCCGAACCUUCCACUUCAAUACCGGCAGCGGUGCUGGCGGUUUUGGCUUCAGCAACCCCGAAGAUAUCUUUGCCGAGUUCAUGCGUAACGGAUCUGCUGGCGGUAUGCACGGUGGCGACGACGACGACAUCGCUGGCAUGUUUGGCGGAUUUGGCGGUGCUGGUCCUCGAAGCCGCAGUUCACGCACGCGAUCAGGCUUCGAGCCUCGACCUAGAGAAGCAACUCCUGAAGUUACCACAGUUGAGCGACCCCUACCCCUGACGCUUGAAGAGCUCUUCAACGGUGUGACCAAGAAGAUGAAGAUUAAGCGCAAGACUUACGAUGAGACCGGAAAGAGAGUCCAGACCGACCAGAUCCUUGAAGUCCCUAUCAAACCAGGUCUGAAGAAGGGUUCCAAGAUCAAGUUCAAUGGAGUCGGCGAUCAGGUAGAGGGAGGCCGCCAAGAUCUUCACUUUAUUGUCGAAGAGAAGGAACAUCCUCUCUACAAGCGCGAGGAUAACGAUCUUGUCCAUGUGGUAACCCUUGAUCUCAAGGAGGCCUUGACCGGCUGGCGAAGGACAGUGACAACGAUCGACGGCCGGCAGCUCAACCUCGAGAAGGGAGGCCCUACUCAGCCCAACAGCGAGGAACGGUAUCCUGGCCUGGGUAUGCCCAUCUCUAAAAAGCCUGGCCAGCGAGGCGACUUCGUCAUCAAGUACAAGAUCAACUUCCCAGCAAGUUUGACGGCCGAUCAGAAGCAGAAGCUCAGGGAGAUUCUGUAAAGAGGCGCUGUUGUCGAACCUAUUUGCAACUCUUGUCGCAUACUAGACGUUCGCCUGGGGAAAGUUUUCAACCUCGGCAGCAUCGGAACCCGGUUAGGAAGAUUUGCAAUACAUUCAAAUGGUGUUUUGGCGUUUGGGAUUCUAAUGAAUAAUGAAAAGUGUGCAAGUUCGAUGGCACGAGCCUUAGUAUGGAAGACCAGGCUUGGUUGCCCAGAGUACACAAGCGAAAGGAGAAUGAUAGGAAGUUGAUUAGCACAUGGUGUUUUUUGAUAUCCAUUUGACGGCUGUUCUAAUUUGGUGUCUUGAAAGAAACGAUGUCAUAUAUAGCUGUCUCCUAAUAGUACGACAGAUUCAAGAUCGAAAGAGAGUGAUUUGCUGAAUUAAAACUAUCCAUAUGAGGUAAAAACAGCUCAUCUGGUAUGUAUGAUCGCGAUUUGGGAGGGUAAAUACUUUUCGUAUCGCUCAAUAUGGGAUGUUUACAAAUCCCGCAACUGGGAGAGGAAAGGAGCC